AUGGUGGUCCGGGAGGCGAGCGCCGCGCAGGCGUCCUUGAGCCAGGUGCUGCCGCAGCUCCGCUACCUGCAUAUCUUCCUGGAGCAGGUGCACCGGCACUUUGAGGAGCAGGGCGGUGCGGAGGUGGGUGCCGCCAUCCGGCUGGCCAAGGGCUUGGCCCUGCAGCUCGCCACAGACUGCCAGCUCAACGAGCUCUUCCACCGCAAGGAGUUCGUGCUGGCAACCCUGCUUGACCCCCGCUUCAAGGGCAAGAUCGAGGCCAUCCUGCCCACGGGGGCCGACAUUGACCACUGGAAGCAAGUUCUCGUGUACAAGGUGAAGGAGGUCAUGGUGUCUGAAUACUCCUUGCCUCCCUCCCCCUCCCCGCACAGCUCGAAGAGCAUGCAUGCAGGCGCCAGGAACCUUGGGGCCGAGGGGAAGGGCCAGAAAGAGCCCGCACACCGAAACGGCUCUGGGUCUCUGCUGCUCGGCCAGAGGGAGAGGAGCUUGCUGGAGCAGCUGGAAAGUGUGGGGCUGCUGGCGUCCGAGAGAAGCGGGGCCUCCCUGUCCACUGAGAGCCACCUGGCCAGCAUCAUCGUCAAGAAGUACCUGCGUGAGAAUGAGACAAUCGGUGCCCAGGAGGACCCGCUGGUUUACUGGGAGAAGAGGCAGGAGGUCUGGCCAGCUCUGGCAAGACUGGCCACUGUCUAUCUGUCCUGUCCCCCGACAGGGGUCUUCUCUGGAAGUGUCUGUGCCUCCCUGGACAGCCCUGCCUUUGUGCAGCCCAGCGCCCCUCUCCCAGUGGAGACCGUUGAGCGUCUCCUCUUCUUGAAGACCAACCUGGAGAAUUUCCCCAACUACACUGCCCCUCCCCUCCUCUUCCCCCGAGGAGACCUGGCCGAGGGGGAGCAGACCAGCGAGGCGGACCUCCCUCUGACUCCCUGA